AUGAACCAUUUAAUAGGGGUUUGUGCGGCUAGGCGGGAGUUAACACCUGGCAGUCAGCGUUUCAACCUGAUCUCCAAGAGUGACAUUCGUUAUGUUGGAACGUUGCAUGAGAUCAAUCCUGAAGCCUCCACCAUAGCUCUGGAGAAUGUUGUCUCUUUCGGGACCGAGGGUCGUCGAGGCAAUCCCGCUGAGGAGAUUGCCCCGUCGGCCAGCGUCUACGAAUAUAUUGUCUUCCGAGGCAGUGACGUAAAAGACAUUAGCGUAGCAGAGGACACGAAGGAGAACACUCCACCUGAACCUCCUCAGGUGCCGGAUGAUCCCGCCAUCUUAGGGUUCCAAGGCUUCUAUCCUCCAUAUGGACAACGCUUUGGAGCCCCCGGUUUCCCUCCUGGACCUGGUUUUCCUAAUAUGCCGUAUGGAGCCCCGCCACCAGGAUGGUUUCCUCCCCCGGGUCAAGGAUUCCCCCAAGGACCAGGCCAGUUCCCUCCCCAGAUGCCUAUUGGACCCCCUGGCCAACACCAGACCCCUCCUCCGCAGCGACAGGGGGUACCUGGCGCAGGCCCCGUAAAUGUCCCUAAACCCACCUCUGAGCUUCCCGUUGGUGACCGGCCGUCCAGUAAGCCAGCCAGCCGGAAUGCUACACCCGCGCCUGGAGUCUCUGCUCAGAAUGCUCCUCCGCCCCCUGUUGAAUCGAAACCAUCUGUAACGGAGGCCGUACAAGCCUCCAGUAUUCCUGCUGCUGCCGCGGCUCCGACUCCGGCCAAGAUGCCACCUACUGGACCCCGGAGUGGACGUGUGCAGCCGGCGAUUCCGAUCUCUGCUCCCUCCAAGCCACCUGUUCCUGCUGUAAGCAAUCCUCCUGUCCCUGGCGCUGGGAGCAGUGUGCCGCAAGGUACCGCUCAGGCGGCCAUUACCGAGGCUACGCGUGCUGCCACGGCUGCUGUUGCGGCGGCUAUGGCCAAGCUGCCCCAGCCAAACGCGCCCAAGAAGCCUGCGCAUGGAGAAGUGUCCGUUGAAGGAGUAACGAGACAGAUGGCGGAAAUGAAGCCGUAUGAGGGCAACCGCGCACCCCGUGGUCAUCAGCAUCCCCGCGGACGUGGCGGUCACCGUGCCCCAUAUCAGGGACAGUCGAAGAAGGUUGAGGUUCCUGAUACGGACUACGACUUCGAGACUGCCAACGCCAAAUUCAACAAGCAAGACCUGGUCAAGGAGGCCAUUGCCACUGGGUCGCCUGCCCAUGAGGCUGAGACUGCUUCCAUCACUAACGGGGACAUUGAAGCGCCUGAUACCAGCGCUGAUUCCGUGGCUACCUACAACCGGGCGACUUCUUUCUUCGAUAACAUCUCGAGCGAGGCUCGUGAUCGUGAAGAGGGAACGGGAGGCCGUGUGGGUGGCCGUGAAUGGCGCGGCGAGGAGGAGAAGCGCAAUAUCGAGACCUUCGGGCAGGGUAGCGUUGACGGUUACCGGGGAAGCUACCGUGGCCGUGGCAGAGGAAGAGGCUAUGGUCGUGGCCGCGGUGGCUACGGACGUGGGUACUCUCGGGGUCGUGGAGGCCUUCGUGGAGGUCGCAACACUUCGCAAGCCACCGGCGUGCCUACCCAGACAUAG